GGAUCAUCGAGCGACGACUGCCAGUGGAGCAGGCAAACAUGCCGACCCUACGGGACAAACUGGCCGACUUCCUGCGGCAGUUGUCGACGGGCACGGAGCGGGCGGGCGCCGAUCCAAAAGCGGAGUGUCCAUCUCCCACAUCGGCAACGGCCACGUUCAUGCAGCGUUAUCUGAACGGGGAAGGGCUACCCAAGCAACCGGAGAUUGUGCACUCCAAGUCGUGCUACGAUCUGCCCAACCGGGACGUCGCACCCCUUUCGAAACGCAUUCUGGCAGCCUACACGGGGCCAUCGGGUGGUCUCACACGCGUCAACCGGGGGCCACUUCGUGCCCUGACAGUCACCGACCAGGUUGACUUCAUCGACGAUGAUUCCCUCUGCGGUAGCAACGAGAACCUUGCCUCCAGGUAUCUUGACAGGAGUGGCUGGCACACCCAAGGUCAAGCCUCCCACCAGUCUCUCGUCAAACACCGAGGGUCCGCGAGUUGCCGACACCGCUUGCGUAACCGGUGAAGAGGCUGAGACAGCCACUGAGGAGGUUGCCGGGAUCUGCAAUUGGAACCAGCCAGCAGAGUUCGCUUACGGAAUUGCCACGACACUUUACGAGUGUCACCCCGUCACCAAAGAAAAUGCAGGGGAGCCAAUUGCAGACGCAUUUGCAAUCUGCGUCCGGGAGAACAGUGCCAUCAUGGCACUGGCAGACGGCGUCAACUGGGGUGACAAGUCUUGCCUGGCGGCACGUUGUGCCGUGCAUGGGUGCAUGGACUACCUCAACCGGGCACUGUACCGCGAGGGCGGCACCAUUGAAACAACGCAGGAGGUGUUCGUUUGUCUACUGCGCUCAUUCCAAGCUGCACACAGCUUGAUUCUUCAGGAACAAGGCAUGCUCACGACGCUGUGCGCUGCGGUAGCUGUCCAGCUUCAAGGCUCUGACCAGUACGUCGUGUGCACAUGCAACGUCGGGGACAGCCUCGCAUACGUCUAUAGUCAACAGCACGGUGUUCGUGAAAUCACUCUAGGAUCUCAUGACAUCCACUCAAUGCGAGACAUGCGCGACGCCCUAGGUGCACUGGGCCCCGUUGAUGGACAGAACCCCGAGCUCAACAAUCUAACCGUGUCCAUGACGGUAGUCCAGCCAGGUGACAUCGUCUUCCUCACCUCGGACGGCAUCUCGGACAACUUCGACCCGGUCGUUGGCAAGUUUGCCAUUGCCAAGCGGAAUCGCAAGGACGGCACAAACACGCAGCAGCCGCUGCCUCCCUUGCCCGAAGUCGAAGCACAUCAGAGGCACGCGCUGACCCUACUGCGAAUGCAGGACCUUCUCCAACAAGGCCUGUACCAAGGAGACGGAGCAUGCAGCUCGGCCGAGGACCUCUGCGAGCGAAUGGUGGACUUCGCCACCAAGUUGACGGCAGCCAAGCGGCGCAUCCUCGAGGAUCCCGAGCUGUACGCAGCCGGCUCCGCACCGGGCGAAGACGCUCGGCGGCGGCGCCACCGCGCCGGACCCCGACUCACCAUGGUGCCCGGCAAGCUGGACCACGCCUCGCUCGUUGCCUUCCAGGUCGGAAGAGGCAGCAGCUCCAACGCCCGCUGCCGCCGCCAGCGAGGCGGCCGAGACGUGUAUGACGGUCAGGAGGACCGCGCAAACCGAAACGUCCCAUCCACUCCCGGGGAGCCGGACGACUAUCCCGACAACCUUCCCUACGAGACGACCAUCUAAGCUGCGGUCUGUUACGGGCACGAUACAUGAGCGCCGGCUGCGAGACGGCCCUCCACUUCUCUAACACGGUUGGCUGGACAUUGUGGAUUCGCUUGCGAUCGCCUAGUUCACAGGAGUUUCGUGAUCUGUAACAAUUACUCAUCCAUACUGAGGAGGGUGGGGAAACGAUGCAGGCAACCCUCCCCAAAGACCGUCUCAGUUGUCAAACGAUUACGGCAUUGCACCAGUUAUUGGCACGAAAUUGCAGCCCAUUCUGCGGUGAGGUCAGGCCAGCAUAUCGUUCUUACUGUGCAAAGCACAGUGGGCCUUGUUUGGCGUCGAUUACCUCUGUUUCUUUAAGAAGUUUACCAGGAGGGUCGUGCAAACUGGUGAGGUUUCCUUCACUUCUAAGAAGCCAAAUGACGAUCCAGACAAUGUUUUUGUCUAAGAUGGCCGUCUGAUCUGUCUUCUUCUUGUGGCUCAUGACAGUAGCUGACCUCAGACCAUCACCUUUCACACCCCUGACAAAUAGGGCUGAAACUUUUUCACACGUCCACACGGGUCUUUGAUUUCAAACUUCCUGUCCUUCACACCAUCCAGCAAACUUGCCGUUUCGGUCACCUUGAGUCGCACCAAAAAAAAAAGCAGUCGCUUUGUCUCCCUCGAAAAUUACAUAUAAGUGUCUGGGUAUUCUAGCAUUGGGACAAGAUGUAUAAUAGACUAGCAUUUUAUGACUCUUCAGGUAGAUGUACUCAUAUCUCAGUGUGAAUUAUUCUCCACGUGGCAUCUCCAAAAAGUAGUUCGCCACAGAAGGAACAACCCAGCCCCUGUGACAAUCUAGAUAAGAACUCUAGCGGCUUCUAGAAUAGAUGUGAAUGUUCCCACUCUUUUCUGGAACACUGGCACGUAUGUAGUAUAUUCUGCAAAAAAGUAAUAGAAGCCACCGUGCUCUUUGCAUUCACUAAGGUUGUGUCAUCCACAUUGUCAGGAUGCGUGUAGUCUCUUGAAUACUAUCUAGCUAAUUGUGUUAGCUUCCUGAGCGCAUCAUUGGCUCAUCGAUACUCUUCACUGAUGCUCAAAAGUCUCCGCAGAACUUGUGCUUUUUGAUCCAAUCGCAGAUCUUUCAUUAAGGCUUUUGCGUUCUGCAAAAAAAAAAGUGUGUAUUGUAUGCUUUUAAGUUGUGCAGCUGUAGUCUGUGUGUUUGUAAAAGCCAGCACAUGUGCAGCACAUAUAUUUGGAUGACGCCCCGAAGCUCAUUAGUUGUCAAAAUUCUUUUUAUAAGGAGGCAUAAUUGUAGCUGCAGUGAUUCAUAGUGUGCUUUUAAAUGUGUUAAUUGGGUUAGCUCUAGCACUUGCGUUCGGUAAAGAAACUCUCUUCUCCAGCAGAGUGCAUUGUAAAACUCAUGAUUUCUGGGACACUGAGGAGAAAACGGUGUCACUAGGUUUUCCAUUCCGUUAUAUUCAUAGUAAACUGUAGGCUUCCCAGGGCUUCUGCUGUGGAGCCAUGCAGUCAGUCGGAAACAUAUAACACUGCUAAUCGUAAUGCAGUUUUCAGUUGAUAUGUUUUGUUCUAGACGAACACCGUAUCAUUUGAUGGCGGAAGGUACAAAAGUUUGAAGUGGCUCGUUCCAGCCGACUGCUCUGAAUGUGCCAUGGUCGUGCGUAAGUACGCUUUUGUGCGUGAAAUGUGCCAACAGUCGUGUGUUUGUGAAACGGUGAGGUUUACAAAAGCACAGUGAAAUACCCUUCCUUUCAAGAGACAUGCGUCCACUGCAUUGAAUGCUUGACAUAACCCAUGCACCAUUCAAAGUCUCGUGUCACCUUGUGUUUGAUUAUGCAUGUUCUGCAAGGAUAGCUGCACGGCUCAUUUCUGUUAUCUUCGUAGAUGAGGAAGUACAAGCUGAAUAUUAUGGACGGAUGACGUGAGAGAUAUCGGUGACUAUCAGCAAGAUUGCAUACGCCUACCCAACUGCUCGGUUGGCUUUAUUUUUGGGGAAGUGCUCGGUAUAAACAGCUCACGCGAUUGAUGUGCAAAACAGUAUGUCCAGUACCUUUGUGGCUUCAUUUCAGAAGGUAGCCUAUCUGAUUUCAACAGUUUCAUGUCAGAAGAUGGCCCCGGAAUCCAGACUAUCAUUGAUGCGGUGCAUUGAACAGAACAACCCGUCCACAUGUAACAAGACAAUGUCGCAGCAAGGAAAUGUGCAUGAGAAGAGCCUCCUACUUAGAGGUAACUUGUCGUAUCGUGCCUGACUGACUUCUACCAGCGCUGUUUUAAUUCAUUGGGGCAGCUGGGACAACGAGGUGGUUGCACUUUCCACUGGUGCUGUAUUGCGGGUGCCAUUGGUGACUAUUACCACCAAUGGUGCCUCGUUUAGAAGUGCGGCCACCAGAGGCAAUAAUUCUGCGACUCUCAUCUUGUGGCGAGUUCUGCGCAUGGUGUAACAUACAUACUCUGUUGGUGGGGACACUUCACGGCUUUCUUGCGAUGCGUGAUCGACCAGAUAAAGUAAGAGCGUCAUGCGCCCAUCGGUCCGGUGAUGGCAGUGGCUACCACAAGAGCUCAAGAUGGGUAAGGUUUUAUUUCCUAUUGCUAUAGCAACCAGCACUUCAAUGAAAGUCUGAAAUGAUUGAGCAGCAAAUGAAAAUAGGUCACUAGUGGAUACAGGAAGGCACUUGGCUAUUUGUCAUCGGAUUCAGAUUUCCGGUGAAGCGCCAGUUGCUGUAGCAAGGCAAGACUGAACCAUCGUUGUCUUGAACUUGUGUCGUGGUUUCAACAGACAGGCGCUGCCAUCUUGGACCGAUCGGUGCAUUCCUUUUCCACAUUAUCUGGCCAAUCGUACUUAGCAAGUGUCCUCACCUAAAGGGUGUACUAUAUCGUGGUUCUGAGUUGUCUACGGAGCGCACAUGACAUUAGCCCCUAGGUUAUGCAUGUUACCUGUACCAAAUUGCUGCGAUACUGGAGGUGUAAAUGGGAACAAUAAUGGGAGCAGUGACAUCUUCAGGCAUGGCCUUAGCCAAAAUUUAGCAAAUGUCAUGCUGCACGGCAGCGGCAAAACAAAUGAGCAAGUACCAGGAAGUUCAUUCGGUUCGCACCAUUAGUAGAGCACGGUUCAAUGUGCAGCUCUGGUUGAACAAAGUGAUGGUAUGCAACUAGCGCUGCCUCAGGUGAUGCAGCUAAUGGUAAUGUGUAGGGGGUGUGCGAAUAGUGAAAUUUCAUUUCAAAUCGAAUAGUGCCGAAUAGUGGCCAAAAAUAUCGAAUAUAGUAUACUUACACGAAACGUGUACCGGCCGCCAGUUACGGCAAGUCAAAAGAAAAAAAUCAGUAAUGCUACGGCGUGCUGACAGCUUUAUUACGCGCUUGCUCGGGAGUUUUUUUUUUUUUUUUCUGCAGCUUUUAUGGGCGCGCAAGCGUGUGUAUAGAAGAGCCGCUAUUCCAGUCAGCAGUGGCACUCCUUACCUCCUAACGGUUAAUAGAUGGGGUAUGGUACCUAGUCUUUUUUUUUUCCCCCAAGGUUGCACAGUACGGCUCAUCUGACAACGGUAAUGUUGUGCUUCAUCACCAUGGCUGCUCCGGGCCAAAAAUUCGUCAGGCGCCCGUUCACAACAGCCUUUUAACUGCGCACCGGAACCAUGGGAGUUUCUGAAUGAGCAGUGCGGUGCGGCAGCGGCGACUGCACAGCGUGAACAAAUUCUCAUAUGUGAAGCCAAUCACCGAGGGUUUCGUGGGCCAAAGUCGGAACGUUUUACGGCACUUGCGGCAUACACUACCGAACUACGCUAGAAGUCCGUGCCUCGUUUCGGAAGCGAAAAGUUGUAAAGGGCUCGGCAGUUUUCUCAUGUGUCUAUUUACGUGCGGAAAUGACACAAUCUCCUUUAAAAUAAGCAUGUGCUCGCUUUUGAACCAGGAUAUCGGUGAGAACUUAACGAAAGGCCUACUGUAACAACGUUAGCGUCAGUUUUAGCCACCCCAGCCUAACAAAGUUGCACCGUUGGCCUUUGUCGCGUUUUAGAUAUUCGUCUUGUUGAAUUAUUCGAAACUUCGAAUACAAGCUAUUCGAAAGUCGAAUUGAAUUAUUCGAUUGUGUAUUAUUCGAUUCGAAUUCGAAACUCGAAUAUUCGCACACCCCCUAGUAAUGUGUCUUCAUCAGUUUAAAGCGUUAUGUAGCAUGAACUGCAAAAAGAAUUAUCUCUUCUGAAAUGUUUCUUUCUCUGCACACUGUGUGGAAUUUUCAUGUGUCGCUUCACCGUGGCUUUUAUUCGUAGUGCGCACGUGUGUGUGGUCCGUCCAUGGUUUAGCACAUUGCUUCAUAUGCAGCGUAAUUUGGCCCGAUUGAGCACUGCUCUGUCAUUCGUUCAUUGCCUUGCGUUUAUGCAUGUGAGCCAGUGUGUUUCAUGGGGUGUCAUUGAUCUUGAGGCUUCUUGCAGACAACUCCAGAGGACGUGAACUGCAUUCUUGUGUGUGCGUGUGUGUGCAUGUGUGUAUGCACUGAAAUUGUUUUUUGUUUACAUUAUUUGAGCACCAAAUGUGUGGCUUUGUACAUAGGUAUAUGUUUUCGGAGGGAAGGCCUAAUGUCACCAUGUAGUGCGAUAUAUUUUUUUGUAGGUUCUCACGUUCGAUUUUGUCUUUUAAAUGUAAACCUUCCUCUUGAGGUUUCACUGUUCUUACUAUUUCUUAAUACUCCACACACUCGUUGCUUUAAAACAAUUAGGUCAAGUGACCAAGACAGGGCAAACGUUUCUCUCAGUUUAAGAAAAUUAUCUUUAAGACAGGUGAGGUGGCGAACCGCACUCGGUCAGCAAGCUUGUGUGUUUUAGUUUAAAAAAAAAAAUGCCGGCAACCUUGUAGUUCGCGGUAAGGUCAGACUAAAGUGCUUUCUGUACGUCCUGAUUCAUUGAUACAGUCUUUUUAAAUGGCUGACCUACUGCUGGCAUAUGUGUGGCAUUAAUGCGUUGUUUCGUGCAAUUCCGCUACUCUUGUCGGUGAUUGUGCGUGCAAAUGUUCCGUGGUAGCAGUUCUGCAGGUCAGCGUUGUACGGAAAGCCACUCUUCGUGGCUAUGAAAAAGAAGCAAGAAAGGUGUGGCAGUCGUGCAAAGCUGCCUUAAUGUGACACAGUACUGUGCACAGCUGCUGUGACAUUCUGGCCAGCCGUAUAGAGCACUGCAAACCCUGAAAGUGUGAUGCAUAAGACAUGUAAAUCCUGUUUCUUGUAGGGUUAGCUUUAAAUUCGUGCAGCACACAACCCUCGGUGCACGAUGUACCUUCGGUAUGCAGAAGCCACUCUGGCAUCAAGUUAUUAUUCUCUUAGUAAUAGAGUCCAUCUCAAGCUGUGUACUUGGCAAUUUUCUCUAGCAUCUCUUCUUGGCAGGAUCUUUAAUGAAGCAAAUAGUAUAAACAGAGCCAGGGCAACAGGUUGCUGACCUAUUGAGGCAAGUCAAACUAUUAGUUGCUAGGUAGUCAAGUGCCAGAGCAAGGCACUUCUGCUGCAAUGGCUGAUCAUAAUGCAUGCGCAAGGUUUCUGCACACAGCAUAGGCACUGUCAUGUAACAAUCUUUGAAAAAGAGAAGUCUUGCAGAACUCUUCAUUUUUCUUUGUGUGAAGUCAGGCAUGGACAAGAGUUCACUAGGAUAUUUGAGCAAAAUUUUUUAACGAUAACUAAAGAAAUGUUUCUGCAGGGCAGAUGAACUAAGAAUUUAAUUGUGACCACCAAUUUUGAAUUGCUCUCAACGGCAUGCACCCGCAGAAGCUUCAAAAAGCUGUUCUACUUCUUCAUGCUAUCUUUUAUUCUCUUUAAAUUGUACGAUAUCAGUUCAUGCACUUGGGGAAGUUCGAGUGAGAAUAUUGAACCUAAUUUGCCCCCAGAAAAAUAAAAAAGUGGGUGGUUACAUUAGGCAUGUUAGAUGCACUACGAAAUGUCUGAAAUGCUGUUCCAAGCAAUAAAAAGAACACGAACUGUACCAACACUGUUUGUAGUUACGUACAUUGUUGCAGCAUGCACCUCCUUUUCGUUGGCUUUUGUAUCCUUCUCCAUAUGUGUACAGACACCACAUUUUCAUGUGUACAACCUCCACUGAAACGUCAGCCAAUGGAAAGAGUGGUCGCAGGAAAUCCACUGUGAGGUGCACCUUCUUAGCUUUACUUUGCAUUGCGGCAGCUAGGGCUCAUGGAUGCUAAAGGUGUGAUGGUGGUAAAUGCGAAGCAAAAUUGUUUUUGGGUCUCAUUUUGCAAUGCGUCCUGAAUACGGAUAUAAGUGUCAUAAGUAAUUAGUUGUGCAAGUUACUGUACUUUCUCGCAUAUAACCCACAUAAAAAAAGUGGAGAAAUGUGCUUUUAAAAAGUGGGGAUGGGGGUUAUAUGCAUAGCCUUUUUUUUUUCUUUUUGUAGAGCUAGUUGGGAGUAUGUUAUAUGCGAGAAAAUACGGUAUAUAUCUUUCUGUUCUUUCUACAUUAUGCAGGGGACUAUAAUUGACAGUACAAAUUACGUCAGGGUCAUGUUAUACGAACGUAAGCUACUGCCCUUUCUUCACUGUGAGCUAGCUACAUGUGUAUGCAUGUAAGUGCUGCUUGUAUCUCGUGCAGAACGCCAUGUGCCCUCUGUGCAGUUGGCAUCGAAUGUUUUUUGGAAGCCGAAUUUCAGGCAGGUUUUAGCCUGCAGCAACUUGCAGUGCCACGCUAGGUUGAUUGCACACUUUAAGUCCUGGUAGCGAAUCUGAAAUCCAGGUUGUGUGCCAAACUUCAAGAUACAUGCUUUUUGUUGGGCCACAAGCAUUUAACACCAACUUCGUGUAUCGUUGUUUUCAUCGUGAGAAAAUUUUGAUGGAAGUGUCGCCCCAAACUUGGGAAAUCGAUGCGAGAGGUCUUGCAAACCUUACAUAUUCGGGCAGCUGCUGCAUGUUUAUGUUUUCACUUUUGCGUCCCUUAGAUUGGUGCGUUCUAUUCCUGCAUCCUUUCUUAAAAUACUCUUCCUGCCUCUGCGCAGGGUUUGGCCAACAAUGUGAAACACUGCCCCGAAGUUGAUGACUUGUCGCAUUUUUUUUCGGUCAUGGCUGAUGCAUAUUGCAGCAAUGAGGGCGCUGCCCUUUGCUGUAUGGACACUCGUAAAUAAGCGUGCACGCCAUGGCCAACAAAAGGCAACAAGCAAAUGCCAAAGAUAGUAGUAAUCUUAGCCUAUCAUUAACUGCAUACGUUAACAUUAACUGCGUUCAUCUUGGAGAGAGUAACCGCUGAAGCUUUUUUCCUGGUCAUCUUUUCCACAGUGCGUUGAGCACCUCCAUGAAAUCCAAGCUUUAGAACCCCGUGGAGAGGUGGCAGCAUUUAGUUUCCGCAGUGUGUAGUCGUUUCAGGCACGAGUAGUAGUUUCAGUCCUCACUUUCGGUGCCUUGUAGACCAUUGCGCUGAAUUGUGCGAAAUGUGUUUCGUGUGUGCGUACCUUCUUGAUCAGUUUCGCGUGGAGCAAUUUUAUGCUGCAGUCCUUGCAUCUUCCGGAUGUUUAGAGGGAAACCUCGGUUAUUGUUUGGUGGGAGCUAGCUCAUUUUUAGAGCGACAGAAAGCCGAGUUAGCUGCUAAGUGUUCAUUUUUAUUUGAAAGCGGAAGUCAUGCAGAACAUGCAGGCUGACUAAAACCACAAACUCUUGACUGUGAGCUCACCGUGUUUGCUUUGUCAAAGACAAAUGGAAACAAUCUGAUAAACAUAAUUGACAAACGUUCCCAUUUGAGUUCAUCAGUUGAUACUGUAAACUAAGUUAGGGAGGUCGCUGUGUUAUCAUUAAUGAGCCACAUUAACAUUCCCACUGACAUUGUACAAGCUGCUAAGCAAAGAAGUUUUAUUGCUUCCGCACGCUGAAAAUUACUCUAAAAUCUCAUUUUCCACAAAGAUGAUGUUCCACGCCCAAAUUGCAAGCAAGAUUUCGGCAAGUGAAUUGCACUUCUACUCAUUUACUCGUGCCUCAAAUACAAAGCAUAUACCAUUUGUAAGCGUUCAUGACAGAUUUUUAUUUUUCGUUUGCAUUUUAUACGAUAUGAUUUAUCGGCACAGUUUGUAGUGCUUGCAGUUAGUUGUUGACGAGACGCGUUGGUUUUGUUUUGUUUUUGUUUGGCGCUUUGGAAAGGCUUGGGAUACGCAACAGUUUUUACCCCAUCUGCUUGGUGUUGAGCUUUUAGUGCUGCCCGGUUUUUUGUUGUUGACUCAGCGUUUACGUGCACAUUCCACGCUACUGACAUGUACAACUGUAUCGUCCUUGUGAUGCUCCUUUAUUUCACUUGCGUCUGUGGAAAGGUGAACUUGAUGAAGUGAUAUAGAGAGGCAACUAUUGAUUUCAAAACUGCCUGGACAGACUGCAUGUGCUAUGCUUGUAGUCCGCAUUUUCUGAAGGCGUUUUUUUUGAGCUGUGAUGUGUGUGCCAGACUUUGAAGCAAACGGCAGCGGAGGAACAGUAUAUGCACUGGAAUAUUGUGUGUACAGUUUGUUGUGGCUGUUUCCCCGUUGUGUGAUAACCAUGUACCACCUUGUCCACAGUCCGUGGCAAAGUGGCUCAUAUUCUCGAUUGUACGUUAAUUUCCAGAGCUUAAAUAAAAGCAAGUGCGAUGCCUUUUGGA